GGCAAAUUUAAAUUUUGACCUCACAAAGUCAGAGGAUCAACAAAGUUUUUACAAUUUGUCCUGAGGGGACCAUGUAUCUCUGUACUGAAUUUAAUGGCAAUCUAUUUAGUAGUUGAAGAUAUUUCAGAACUUGGGAGAUCACCCAAGUCAUUGGAAUUUAUUGUCUGGGAACUAUGAAUGUCCAUACAAAACUUUGUGCCAAUCAAUGUAAGAAAGCUACUUAACUGAAUAAAUUGAAACUUUGGCUCGCUGGUGGUACUAGAGAAAAGGUAAGAGGAUCACCAAAGUCAUUAGGUUUCAUCCUCUGGGCACCGCAAAUUUUAUGGUUAUCCAUUUAGUGGUUGUUGAGAUAUUUCAGUUACACACAUGUUGAUCCUUUUAGACCUAACAUCCUGUUUUAGCUGGAAAUACAAUGACUUAUGAAGCAAAAGUAAAAUUCUGUUUUCUUCAGACAUGAUUGACAAAAACGAACUGCACAGUAUAGGUCACUGCCAUACAUGCUAUCAAGGCUAAUCAUUAACCAGAUGAUUUUUUUUUUUUGUACUUUUCUUGGAGACGGCUCGCUACAGUUUGGGAAGCUGGUGAGAUGCCAGAUGAUGUUUUGACUGUGUGCAGCGAGAAAGCAUCAUUAGCCAGAUCUAUUUGUGCGUGUGAAUCCUAGUGGAAAAUGGUCCCAUCAGGCCAGAUGUCUCUCCUGGGGACUCUCAGGGCAGGACUGCAGCCAGCAGGAGAUCUCAACGCUUGGAUGGAUGAGAGCCACAGGCACACAGAUGGGUCAAGAGUCAAUCCAAGCGAGGCAACAACAGCAGCAGUGGAAGGCACUGAGCCCCCUGUUAGCAUGACUCCUGACAGCAUGAACUCUAACGAGCCGACAACCCAAAGCGACGUGAAGCCUCGGGUGAUGGGUGUGAUCCUGAGCAUCGCCUCCUGCCUCAUCAUCUCCACCAACCUGCUGGUGGCAGCUGCUCUACUUAAGCUACUCCUCAAGAAGAGCAGCCAGAGCUGGUGCUUUGUCCUCAACUUGGCGCUGGCCGAUGCCCUGGGAAAGACCCGCUGUUUGAUGCGAAUGGCCUUUGUGACAUCACCCUGCACAGCAUCCAUCCUGUCCAUGUUUCUGAUCUCACUUGACCGCUACGUUGCCAUCAAGAUGCCCCUGCGGUACUCCCAACUGUCUGGAAAGGGGACAGCAUUCGGGUCCCUUGUGGCUCUAUGGGUCUGCUCCCUCAUUAUGGGAUUCUUGCCAGUCAUGGUGCGCCAGCUGCAGACUGAGAACUACAGUGGCUUAUGUGCCUUCUUCUCCGUCAUUGACCCCGGGGGCAUCAUCAUCUUAUUCAGCAUAUGCUUCUUCCCUGUGCUCUCCGUGUUUGUCUACAUCUACCUGGACAUCCUGAAGAUUGCCUGCAGCCACCAGAAGCAGAUCUGCCAAAUUAGACAAGCAGGCUCCAGGACGGCUGACAACCACAGCCAUCAACAUUACCAGCAUCAUCACCAGAAUCAGCAGCUGAGGAGCCGUUACUGGAGCCAUGUCAAGGCCCUGAGGACAGUGGCCGUGCUUGUGGGCUGCUUCCUGGUCCUCUGGUGUCCCUUCUUUGUGGUAUGCAUUGUGCAGCUUCUGUGUAAAAUCUGCAAACUCAUUGCGGUGUUGGAGAAUUAUCUGUGGCUGCUGGGCCUGUCCAACUCACUGAUCAACCCUCUGGUGUACGCCUUUUGGCAGAGAGAGGUGCGGCUGCAGCUGGUAGCCAUGUUUUCCUGCUGUACAGCCAGGUUCUUGGUUACUGGAUCAUCAGGUGUAACAGAAGUAUGUAACCCGCAGCCACCUGUGCAGACUCAAGCUGGUGUUUCAGUUGGAGAUACCCUGAACCCUUCACUGUUGCCUCCAGUUACUGUUACCUGCAAUCAAGAGGCUCACACUCAGCCACUGUCUGUCACGACCAGCUUAUGAAAGAAAUGAGGAAACCAGAGAAACAGUAGGAACAGACACUUAGAUAGACAAAAGGUAUUAUCAGUUUGAUAUUCUAGAUGUUUUGGUACCGUAGCUGCAGAGUAAUAACCAAGAAACAGACAAACUGAAGAGUAAUUUGUUCCACUCUCCACCCUUCCUCCAUCAUGAGUCUUUCUGAAAAGCUAAAACAUGUUCCUGUCAAAACUUUAACCAAAAUAAAACAGUUAUUUUAUUAACAGUCAGCAAUUACAGCUCCCAUGAGGCUUUGUGCUAUGUGUCUUUUUCCCCUUCAAAGGGUGAAUAUCUCUGUUUGAAAAUUAAAAAAAAAAAAAGUUAUACAUAAGAACUAAUUCUAAAUAAGACCUGAACAGGUGUGUGAAUUAGCUUUAACUUUUGCUUUAAACUGAUUCAUGUAUUUGACUACCUCUUUAUAUAUUUAUUUUUAAAUACUGGAGUUAAGAGUAGAGAGCGUUUUACCUUUACAUCUGCCCAGAGCAGACCUAACUAUCCUGGGACCCGUUUUUAAGAUCUUUUUUGGGAAAGAGGACCUUGAUUGAUGCUCCAGAGAAGCUUAAAGAAUAAAUGUCUGGAUCUAAAAUAAAAAUAUUACUGUUAAACAUAUAACUAGUAUUACUUUCAAUAGUAACAUUACAACAGUACCCUGGGUAUACAUCCUAUAGAUAAUUCUAUCCUUUUCUCACUUCAUCACACAUGCAGCAGAAUCAUUGUGUCCCCUACAGGACUACAUGGACCUCAGUCUGAUUUGAACUGAUUUCUUUAGGCCUGAUACAUGUUGAGCUGCUAAUAAAGUUUUAAAGUCAAAACUUUUCUCCCUUCACUUAAGUUUUUGGCCAAUUGUGUGCUUAGUACUAAUGUAUCUGCAAAAUAUGUUGGUAGUGAAAAUUUUGAUCAAACAUCAUGAGGCUCCUAAGACAAAAACGUGGUUUGUUGCGUCUUCUCGCUGGCAGCACGUCUCUAUGGAUGGCAAGGUUGGUCGAUCUACAGCUUUGGUCCAGACGGAAAUAUCUCAACAACUAUUAGAUAGGUUGAAAUGUUGUGUACUCAUGGUUCCCAGACAAUGAAUUCUGCUGACUUGGUGAUUCACAGUCUUUUCCUCUAGUGCCAACAUGUGGACAUUUGUGGUUUUGAGUGAAAUGUCUCCACAACUAUUAGAUGGAUUGUGCAUAAAUGAAACUUGGUAUUCACAUUUAUGUAUCUAACAUGAUGAUUUGUGCUCACAUUGGUGAUCCUCUCAACAUACGUACUUUGUGUUUCUUGUAAAUUAGCAAAUGAUAGCUUGUUAACAUGCUAAACCAAGAUGGUGUCCAACAUUAUACCUGCUAAACAUGAGCAUGUUAGCACUGUCACAGUGAGCAUGUAAUUAGUUAUGAUAAUGUUGUAUGCACAAAAGUACUUGAUGGGAUCAGGGAAUGUAGCAUUAUUGCUAAAAAUAAGUCAGACAGGACAUGAAAAAUGAAACAAAUAAACAUGUUUUAACCAAACUAGCCUCUAGCGAGCUAGAAAAAUAAUUUCCAAGUUUUGUUAAACAAGAAUCUUCCUUUCAGAACACAUUAGGGAGACUCAUUUAAGUUAUAGCACCACAGGAUAACUUAGGGAUUUGCUCCAUUGUAGUUCCCUGUGAAACCAGAGGGGUCAAAGGUCAGUGGCAGCAGGAGGAAGGAAAGAGUUCAACGGUCCAGUUUCAUAGAUUUUGUCAGCCCAUGAGAGUUCAGGCCUCUCCCGCUGUGGAAUCAGAGGGUGCACGAGGGACUCUUUUGAGCACUUUAUACACACUGUCUGCCGUCCCCAGAGACUUGCAGAAGACACUGCCUGUGUUUAUCCUGAGGGAAAACCCACAUUAAUGGGCUGUAAUGUUGUAAUGUAAACAGGGAUGACAUGAGAGGAAAAGAAAAAAAAAAUUACAAGCGCUGACUGAUGAAACUGACAAGAACAUGUUUAUAUGUAGCCUACCAACAAUCUCUUGUUGUUGUUGUUAGUCCUGCUGUGAUGAUGUGAUGAUGACUUACAAAAAAGUUUUCAUCUGAUUUAAUUAAACUACAAUAA